AUGGAUAAAUGGCUGAACUUAAAGAAGAAUGGUAAUGACGCAGAUGAUAAUGCUACAAACUCUUCUCAGGCAGGACAAACGUCAUAUGAAGUUUCAUACUGUAUUGCUAAAAAUAAAAAGCCGUUCAGCAUUGGAGAAGAUCUUGUGUUACCUGCUGCUAUUAAAAUGGUAGAAAUACUACAUGGAAGAAAAUAUGGCGAUGAUAUUCGAAAAAUUCCUUUGUCGAACGACACUGUCUCGAAUAGAAUUUCUGAUAUUAACAAGGAUCAAUUAAUAGAACUUAUUACAAGAAUUAAAGAAAGCCCAAAAUUUUCAAUUCAGUUGGACGAAACAACUGAUAUUACUAAAUUGGCUCAGUUGUUAGUAUAUGUCAGGUACGUUUAUAAAGAAAGCGUGGAGGAAGAAUUGUUAUUUUGUCGUCCUAUGGAAGACCAUACUACAGGGAAAGACAUAUAUUGUAAAGUUGACGAAUUUUUAAAAGCAGAAGGUUUAGAAUGGAAAAAUUGCUGUGGAAUAUGCACAGAUGGUGCAAGAGCGAUGACGGGCAAAAAUAUUGGUUUUAAAUCAUUUUUUCAAGCUGCUCAUUAUGAUCAUAUAACUUUUACUCACUGCCUUAUUCACCGAGAGGCUCUUGCAGCAAAAACAUUAGCACCAGAAUUGAACGAUGUGCUUCAGGAUGCUGUUAAGAUCAUAAAUUUUAUUAAGAGGCACGCUCUUAACAGUCGCUUAUUUUCAAAUCUCUGUAAGGAUACGGAUUCCAACUACACAACUUUGUUAUUACAUGCAGAAACAUACGGAAUUACAUCAGAUCCAAAGAUCUUGUCCAGGUGGCAAAAACUCUGGGAAUGCCAGACUCUGAACAAAUUAAGGCAGGUUAAACCCAAUUUCGAGUAUUGGGAGACGAGAGAGAAUCGAAAGGAGGAUGUACUGCUGAUUCGCCUACGAAUUGGUCACUGCAGACUGACACAUCAGUAUCUCUUGAAAGGAGGUAAUAAGCCUAUUUGUGGUACUUGCAACGUUCCCAUUUCAGUCAAUCACAUUUGA